GUUCACUCUGAAACCAUGGCCAAGGACAUGACUCUGCUGUGGGGCUCCGGCUCCUCCUGCUGGAGGGUGAUGAUUGCCCUGGAGGAGAAGAACCUGCAGGGCUACAACCAAAAAAUGUUCUCCUUUGAGAAAAUGGAGCACAAGUCACCAGAGGUCAUGAACAUGAAUCCCAGGGGUCAGCUUCCUGCCUUCAAACAUAAGAACUAUGUCCUGAAUGAGUCCUACGGCGCCUGCAUGUACCUGGAGAGUCAGUUCAAGUCCCAGGGAAACAAGCUGAUCCCUGACUGCCCCGCUGAGCAGGCACUGAUGUUCCAGCGCAUGUUCGAGGGUUUCACACUCAACCAGAAAAUGGGGGAUGUUAUCUACUACAACUGGAAGGUCCCGGAGGGAGAGAGACACGACUCUGCUGUGAAGAGAUACAGAGAAGCUCUGUGUGCUGAGGUCAAGAUGUGGGAGGGAUACCUGCAGAAGGUCUCAGGCUCUUUUCUGGCAGGAAAGACCUUUUCACUGGCUGAUGUGACUCUUUAUCCAACCAUUGCUUAUCUCUUCCGUUUUGGACUAUCUGAAGAGCGUUACCCGAAGGUGGCCGCGUACUAUAACUCUCUGAAGGACCGCCCCAGCAUCAAAGCCACCUGGCCUCCUACCUGGCUGGAGAAACCACAGGGACAAGACGUUCUGAAGGAUCUCUGAGGUUCAAAAACACAUGACCUGUUCCUGCUGUGUAAUAUAUAACCACUCCUUGUAUUGCACUACUUUACCUGCCUGCAUUUUAAAGAAAUAUACGCAUUUGCUGUUACUGUACUUGAUUUGUUCAUGACUUAAACAACAGAUAUUUCUUUUGUGCUCUAAAGAAAAAAACAAUAAAAAGCAACUUUCAAUAUUGCCUUUGUUAAUAUCAAUAUCAGUUUACACCGAGCCUUCCUUUAGCCCACUUUUGUCUGGAAGAUGUUUUACUGAGGUCUAUGCAAGGAGGAGCAAUGGCAUUAAACCAUAACUGUAGGGUCUACACCAAAAUAUUUAACCAUAUGCAUCAUACCUUAUGUCUAAUAGCAAAUUUGAUGUUGGGAUGAAACUUAUUUUAUGGGGUUGAGGUGAAAAAUGUACUUUCAUCCCUGCGCCUUUUAGAGUUUUUUUUUUUUUUUUUUUUAAAUAAACAACUGCUGAUUACACUGUC